AAUACAAUCCCUCUCUGUCUGAGUCUCUGGUGCCUGCGUACUCUGUACAGAACCCCUUCCACUCCCCUUGUCUUCUUUCUCCACAAAAAUCCGACCCCAUUAACGCCUCACUUGCUGUAGCAGACCAGCAGUAAAUAUCUCUCUGAUUACUGUCUGUUUGUACGGUCCUUUCUUCAACUACCUUCUUUAUUAUAUACACCUCUUGCAUUUAAUACUGUCAUAGACUCUGCUUAUUGUUGGCAUUCAUGGCAGAACAACUCCAUUACUGUUGAUGCUUCUUAGCUUUAAACCUCAGUUCCUCUUCUCAAGGUUUUAUAUUGUAUCUUGCUUUGCUUAAUUGUUUAUUUCUUCUGCCAUUGACUGCUAAGUUUUUUGGUUCCUGGGUUGUUUUGUUUGUUCGUUGUUUUUCUCAACAGAAUCUUAACUACAUUCUUUGCUUCGUCAGCUUCACUUCGUUUCUUCGUUUUGUAUUGUUUUCGCUGCUGGGUUUUUCACUAGUUUGCUCUAAUGUUUGGCGGUUUUCCGGGAAAUGUGCCUUUUUCAUUUUGAAUUUCCCUUGUCUUUUACUUGAGAUUUCGGCUUUAUUGAUUCAUGGGUUUCCUCGAAGUUUCAGCAACGGUUUGAUGAGUUAUUAGUGAAACUUACAGUUUGGUGUUUGAAAUUAGUCCUCAAUGGUGUGGUCAAACUGGUUUCUCAUACUGUAUCUUUCAUGGGCUUUCUUUAUCUCCAACACCCAUGAAUUACAAACCUAUCAGGCUCACCUUCUACUACAGCUGAGGAAGCAUUUAGAAUACCCUUCACAAUUGGAUACUUGGGAAAGUUACAAUGGAGACCUCUGCAACCUGUCUUCAACUUUAUAUAUGGGAAUUGUUUGCGAGGACAAUGUGAUUACUGAGCUCAAAAUUAAGGGAGAUAAGGUUGUCAAGGUCAGUGAUUUCAAAGGGUUUGCAAUUCCUAAUCAGACUUUAUCUGAGAGUUUUUCAAUCGAUUCUUUUGUUACUACACUGUCAAGAUUAAACAGCUUGAGGAUUAUUAGCUUAGUUUCAUUGGGGAUAUGGGGACCACUUCCUGAUAAGAUUCACAGGCUAUAUUCACUUGAAUUUUUGGACUUGAGCUCGAAUUUUAUUUUUGGUUCAGUUCCCCCUCAGUUGUCAAGAAUAGUUAAGCUUAAUUCUUUAACAUUAGAUGGCAAUUAUUUCAAUGGAUCUCUCCCUGACUGGCUGGAUUCUUUGUCCAAUCUUACUGUUCUGAGCCUGAGGAAUAACCAUUUUAAGGGUUCAGUUCCCCCUCAGUUGUCAAGAAUCACAACAUUAACUGUUAUUGCUUUGUGUCACAAUCAGCUUACUGGUAAAUUGCCUGAUUUGAGUACCUUAACUAGCCUGCAUGUGUUGGAUAUAAGAGAGAACAAACUAGAUUCUGAGUUACCUGCUAUGCCUAAAGGGCUGGUUACAAUUCUCCUAAGCAAUAAUUCCUUCUCAGGAAAAAUUCCUGUUCAGUUUGGACAGUUGAGUCAGCUUCAACAUCUUGAUUUGUCCUUAAAUCAUCUAAGUGGAACACCUCCAUCUUCCUUGUUCUCUUUGCCAAAUAUCAGUUAUUUGAACUUAGCUUCCAACAUGCUCAGUGGAUCCCUUCCUAACGAUCUCAGUUGUGGUAGCAACCUGGGAUUUGUUGAUAUCUCUACAAACAAGUUAAUUGGUGGACUUCCCUCUUGUUUGGGCAAUAUGUCAAACAAGAGAGCGGCAAAAUUUGGCGGGAAUUGUUUAUCCAUUGGUGCUCAACAUCAGCAUCAGAAGUCGUAUUGUAAGGUGGCCAAUGUGGAGUCAAAACAAUCAAGAGGUAGAAUUAUAGGAGCAUUAGUUGCUGUCAUCACCGGAACAGUUCUUGUUUUGAUGCUUUUGGCAUUAGGAGUGCUGUUUUUGUGCAGAAGAUAUUGUCCCAGAAGAACACUUGAACAGAAUACAUUUUCUAAGGUUGUGCAAGAUCAUUCAACUACUGGAGUUUCUUCUGAAGUCCUUGCCAAUGCCAGAUUCAUUGCUCAAGCAGCCAAGCUAGGCACACAAGGUGCCCCUGUGUGCCGUGAGUUUUCCAUGGAAGAGUUGAUGGAAGCCACAAACAACUUUAAUUCAUCAGCAUUUAUGGGUGAAGGCUCCAAUGGAAAAAUUUACAAAGGAAAAUUGGUGAAUGGAACCAAUAUUUCUGUACGAUCUCUGACUUACUUGAAGAAACAUUCAAUCCAAAAUCUUAAAUUUCGGCUGGAUUUACUUUCGAAGCUUCAUCAUCCACAUUUGGUUGGUCUUUUGGGUUAUUGCAUAGACAACAGUGAACAAGAUGAUAUGAAAGUCUUCCUUGUCUAUGAAUAUGUGCCUAAUGGAAAUUAUCGUGCCCAUCUGUCAGAAGCUCGCCCAGAGAAAGUCCUUAAAUGGUCAGAUAGACUGGUGAUUCUCAUUGAUGUUGCCAAGGCUAUCCAUUUUCUACACACUGGGGUGAUUCCUGGUACUUUUAACAAUCGACUGAAGACAAAUAAUAUAUUGCUUGACGAGCAUCGGAUUGCAAAACUGAGUGACUAUGGCAUGGCUCUAAUCACAGAAGAAAUUGGAAAAAAUGAGGCAAAGGGAGAGGCCCCAAAAUCACGACAUAGGACAAACUUAGAGGAUGAUGUUUACAACUUUGGGUUUAUACUGCUUGAAUCGCUUGUUGGUCCUAUAGUAACCGGAAAAGGAGAAGCAUUUCUGCUGAAUGAAAUGGCAUCAUUUGGCAGCCAGGAUGGUCGAAGGCGUAUUGUGGACCCAAUCGUUUUAUCUACAUGCUCACAGGAGUCAUUAUCAAUUCUAGUUUCUAUCACAAGCAAAUGCAUAUCUCCUGAGCCUUCAACUCGUCCUUCUUUUGAGGAUGUUCUUUGGAACUUACAGUAUGCAGCUCAAGUCCAGGCUGCAGCUGAUUCCGAUCAAAAAUCAGAUUCUACAUCAGUCAUAAGUUCUCAUUCAGAUUACAAUCCUCAGGAAACAAAUCCAUGUGUGAGGGGCACUAUUAGCACAUGAGGUAGGCCUACAUUUGGGCAACUUUUAUGUGAUUGAAGUACAAAAUGUAAAGUUGUAAAUGUCAUAUUUGAUCUCUCGACAUUAAGCUUAGCUAAAUUUUUUAUGUGAUAAAGUAUCCUAAAGUUCAACAAACCUGACUAAGAGAGCUGGCUUCAAUACUUCUCAAUGAUGAGAAUUAAGAAAAAGAAAACAUUUAAGUACCUAAAAGGACUUGAUUGAGGCUAGUAAUCUUUAAUACAUCAUUAUGCUUUGAGACAUUUGACAACAAAUCUUGAUCUUGAAAGGGUCUCUCUGCUUUUGAUUUUUUUGGAGAAGUACAAAAAAGUGCAUUUAGGUUAUGUGGUUUAAUUUGUGUCAAAAUAAUAAUUUAUGGUAUCUUGCUGUUUACAGUUUUCAGACGUUGUAAAAAAAUGUUGAUAUAUCAAGUAAAAUGUAAUUAUUAAAUAUUUAUCUU